AUGCGUCGAUCUCAAGCGCUACCGAGUUUUCGACGACCUCUGAAUGAUAUUGAUGUUCGAGAACAUAAUGAAUCACAUAAACGGCCACCAUCCCCGGAUUCAAGUAUCAGUAGAAUAUUUUACAAAUCAGGACCCUUAAAUUCAAAACAUCACAAAAUGAGAGUUAAUCCAAAAGUAAUACUUAAAGGUGCUUGGAUUACGAGUGAAAUGAGUUAUGUUGGUGAUAAUAAUGAGCAAAUUGUUAAAUGUACUUUAACAGAGUUGGCUAUAUUUUUAGCUUAUUUAAUCGUUUUGAUGAUUGUUUUUUUCACGGUUCAUCCCGAAAACCAAUAUGAUUUGACUCAUGCUAUGGAAAAAGCAUUUCUAGAAACUUCUUUUAUUUCUAAUGACAUUCAUUUGAAGUAUGUUGACAUAAUAGAUGCGGCCGCCAUACUUGAUGAAGGACCCGAUUAUGCAAAUGGAAAAUUAGCUUGGUACCCCCGAGUGGGCAGUUUAAUUGAUCUACCGUCGAGCAGUGGAGCAUUAGCUGACAUAAUUGCUUUACAAAAUAGUUUGUGGGUAGCCAGAGGUGUUCGAACUGUCAUUUUACAUUACAAUUUAAUGAAUUUUACACGAGAAGAAAUUUCAAUGUUCUUUUCCAAAUAUAACAUUAAACCAAAUCAAAAGCAUAUAUCACAAAAACAAAUUGAUGAAAUCGAAACUGAUUUAAAAAUCAGAAAAUUUAUACCAUUAUUACCACAAGAUGUUGAACGACACUUGCGCACGAAAGAAAAACACGCCAUUCGAGCACAAAAAGAAAAACGUUUUGCUAAUUCACGAUAUCAUGUCUUUACCUACGCUGAAUAUGAAGUAUUACAAGCGCAAUUGGAUCAAAUUGAGAUUUUGCUAGAGUUAUCAACUGCAAAUCUUUAUGAACUACUAAAAAUUUUUCAAUCGGGUGUUAAAUAUAAAUGGAUGGUCAAGGAAGAAUCUGAUGCACAGUCUGAAUGUUGUAAUAUAUCACCGGGAGGCCAUGCAAACUCUGAUCCUACAAGCAGUGAUUCAACAUAACUAAAGAAAAAUAUAAAAUA